UAGAUAAACAUACAAGAGAAAUAUCAAGACUUAUGAUUUAUUCUGAGGUAAUUGUGGACGGGUUAGAAAUUGUUCCCCUUUGUCGAAAAUCUAUAUAUGCCUUGGUAACCUAAACUGGCCCACCAUUUCAUUCGGAGACACCCAUUCCAGCUGACAUUGGCGCAAUGAAGUACAUCCUAGGUCUCCUAAGCCUCCUGGCCUUCUCGGCCACGGUAGAGCCUUGCUGCUUCCCAGACCAGAUGUCUUUCAAUUUCUCCAUAAGCAUGAAUACAUCAUUUGUGAAAGAUGUGACUGGAAGCGGAGCGAUCGACUUCGUGAAUCAGCGCCUAGCUGUCUUCAUUCCUCUAUUCGCUAAGAGAAUUGUGGUAGACCUGAGCAAGCAACCAGGCUUCCAAAUAAGCGAAGUAAGAAUUGCUGGUGCUAAUGGCAAGGAUACUGUAAGCUGCUUCCAAAGUACUGUCAACGGAACUGUAGGAAGUGCAUGGCAGUGCUUACUAGACAAUAGUAAAUAUUUUACGACUAUAAGUGGUGGACCAAACUACGUGGUGAACGUUCCCGAACUCUUCGAUGGACCAAUAACUAUGCAGACGGACGAAUGUCUUCCCAUUGGGGCCGACGUAUUGUUGAAGAACGGCCAAGGAGAUGUCAGCCCUGGAAUCGCAAUACAGCUCAAACUCAAUGCGUCGAAGACUAUUGACAAGGAAGCCUUUGAAACUUCGUGUGAAUUGACUAAAGUGGAAAAGGGAGAUGGCAUUGUGAUACCAACACCAGAAGAAUUGGUCAUGAUGGGACAAAAUGCGGCGGCCGACUCCAAUGGCAAAUCACAGGAGGUCCAGAGUAACGAGGACAGUAAUCAGUCCACUAGUGACGAGGGCUUUGGUGAGGUUGAUAGUGACCAGAUUAGUGAAAAGACCACAAGUAAUGAGAGCAGCGAUGAGAGCUCAAGUGAAAGUGACAGUGACAAGAGCUCAAGUAAAAGUGACAGUAGCGAGAGCUCAAGUGAAAGUGACAGUGACAAGAGCUCAAGUGAAAGUGACAGUAGCGAGAGCUCAAGUGAAAGUGACAGUGACAGUAGCAAGAGCUCAAGUGAAAGUGACAGUAGCGAGAGCUCAAGUGAAAGUGACAGUAGCGAGAGCUCAAGUGAAAGUGACAGUGAUGAUGACGACAAAAAAAGAGCCACCAGCAAUAGUGUUGACGAUAGUGAUACGAGCAGUGACGAAAGCUCAAGCUCAAGUGAGAGUAGCGAGAGCUCAAGUGAAAGUGACAGUGACGUGAGUUCAAGUGAAAGUGACAGUGAUGAUGACGACAAAAAAAGAGCCACCAGCAAUAGCAUUGACGAUAGUGAUACGAGCAGUGACGAAAGCUCAAGCUCAAGUGAGAGUAGCGAGAGCUCAAGUGAAAGUGACAGUGACGUGAGUUCAAGUGAAAGUGACAGUGAUGAUGACGACAAAAAAAGAGCCACCAGCAAUAGCAUUGACGAUAGUGAUACGAGCAGUGACGAAAGCUCAAGCUCAAGUGAGAGUAGCGAGAGCUCAAGCUCAAGUGAGAGUAGCGAGAGCUCAAGUGAAAGUGACAGUGACGUGAGUUCAAGUGAAAGUGACAGUGAUGAUGACGACAAAAAACGAGCCAACACCAAGAGGCAAAUGGACAGCAAACAUGAUGAAAGUGACCGUGACGUAAGUUCAAGUGAAAGUGAAAGUGAUGAUGACGACAAAAAAAGAGCCACCAGCAAUAGUGUUGACGAUAGUGAUACGAGCAGUGACGAAAGCUCAAGUGAAAGUGACAGUGACGACAGCUCAAGUGAAAGUGACAGUAGCGAGAGCUCAAGUGAAAGUGAGAGUAGCGAGAGCUCAAGUGAAAGUGACAGUGACGUGAGUUCAAGUGAAAGUGACAGUGAUGAUGAUGACAAUAAAAAACGAGCCACCAGCAAUAGCGUUGACGAUAGUGAUACCAGCAGCGACGAAAGCUCAAGUGAAAGUGACAGUGAUGAUGACGACAAAAAAAGAGCCACCAGCAAUAGUGUUGACGAUAGUGAUACGAGCAGUGACGAAAGCUCAAGUGAAAGUGACAGUGACGACAGCUCAAGUGAAAGUGACAGUAGCGAGAGCUCAAGUGAAAGUGAGAGUAGCGAGAGCUCAAGUGAAAGUGACAGUGACGUGAGUUCAAGUGAAAGUGACAGUGAUGAUGAUGACAAUAAAAAACGAGCCACCAGCAAUAGCGUUGACGAUAGUGAUACCAGCAGCGACGAAAGCUCAAGUGAAAGUGACAGUGAUGAUGACGACAAAAAAAGAGCCACCAGCAAUAGUGUUGACGAUAGUGAUACGAGCAGUGACGAAAGCUCAAGCUCAAGUGAGAGUAGCGAGAGCUCAAGUGAAAGUGACAGUGACGUGAGUUCAAGUGAAAGUGACAGUGAUGAUGACGACAAAAAAAGAGCCAUCAGCAAUAGCGUUGGUGAUAGUGAUGCGAGCAGUGACGAAAGUUCAAGUGAAAGUGACAGUAGCGAGAGCUCAAGUGAAAGUGACAGUGACGAGAGCUCAAGUGAAAGUGAUGACGAUGAUGAUGACGACAAAAAACGAGCCAACACCAAGAGGGAAGAUGCGAGUGACGACGAUGAUGAUGAUGGUGAUGGUGAUGAUGAUGAUGAUGGCGAUGACGACGACGACGACGACAAAAGGCGUAAUGCAAAGCAACCAAUAGUCCCAUAUUAAAGCUGAACUUACAAAGAAAAUGUAUUUUGAUGCUAUGCUACAAGCAGUCCGUGCGUGACUUCAUUUAAUUGAUGGAAAAGAAAUAUAUAAUUCGAAACAUUGUAGCAGUACUGUCCUACAAUAUCGCCCUGUAUAGAUUUUAAGAUUGGCAUAUUUUUUGUCAUUUGUAUCCAGUCAAAAUCACAAAUGACAUCGUGUCAGUGGUGCGUCAUUGACGCGCUACCCAGCGCGUAGGUCGCGCCUAAGUCGCACGUAGGUCGAGUACUGGUGCAUCAUUGGCGCGCGUCACUAACGCAAAGCAGGACCGAUGUCAAUCGUGAUUCAGACCGUACUUUUGCUAAGAAAUGAGAUUGUCCCAAAACGUGAGGCUACUCAUUGAAUAUGACUGAUAAGCAUUCUUGCUGCGUUACCACCGAGUACAUCGUGCUCAUUUCCCUUGACAUCUUUAGACAAAUGAGUUACCCACAAAUAAUUGAAAAUUCACGUGGUAAAAAUGAUCUCGACAUACUCGCCCCAUUCUGUUCAUAAACUUGGCUAUUUGUUUAGAAGAAGUGUCGAUGAUGCCAUGCUGAUAAGAAUGAAGACUAAAUAUAAGGAGUUAUACAUGACAUUUCUGGUAUCGUUUUCAAGUGGUUUCAUAUAAAUUACUCACAGCAAGUGUGUCAUAGAACUCCUUUUAUUUACGAUUUGUUUUGUAACCGGCAUACGAUCAUGUAGAAUCAGAGUCAUCCUAUUGACGACAUUGUAAAUGCUUCAUUGAUAUUUGCCAAAUAUUGAAAAAUAGCGACUUGAAAGUAUAGUAUUGAUGUUGAUACGAGGCAAAGCCUGCUUAGAGCCACUAUAUUGCUGACAAAGAACGCUUCUUAACUGUUCGAGAUGAAUAAAACUGGAGGAUUUCUAGCACAAGACGUAUUAUAUGUGAAAGAGCAGACACGCAUUUGCAAUACACGUACAUGUAUUAUUGUUAAGAAAUCUAAUAAAUUUCAAUGUAUGCUCA